AUGCGCCUGCCUGCUCUGCCUGAGCUGCAGCUGAUCCACUUCGUUUUCGUGCCCGCCAUCUGGUGGACGUACCUCCAGUUCAAUGGCAGCUUUUUCCUCACCGCCGUAUACAGCCUGUACUACCUCAUGCUAGAGCCCUUUGCGGGGCUCACCUGGACAGGCCUAGUGGCGCUGCCGCUGUGGGCCCUGGCCAACUGGUUCCGCGGGGCGGUGCCCUCCGCCUGGGCCUGGGCGCUGGGCCUCCACGCCUUCUCCUGGUUUGCCCAGAUCGUGUUUGGGCACCACAUGGCCGAGCACCGAAGGCCCGCGCUGCUGGACUCUUUCUUCCAGAGCCUCGUACUGGCGCCGCUCUUUGUGUGGUUUGAGCUCUUGUUCCUGCUGAACUACCGCCGCCGCCUGCGCGCCGAGGUCCAGGCGGUGGUAGACGCCAACAUCAAGGAGUGGAAGAAGCACCACCAGCCAUUGAUUGCGGGCGCAGACAUCGGCGCCCAGGACAGCUGCGCGGCCGGGAAGGAGUGA